AUGCCGCAAGAUGAGAGACGUGGCCCAUACAUGUCGAGAAGCCUUUUGAAGGAGCUCGACAGUGAGCGUGAGCGUGAGAAGAAGCAAGAAGAGGCUCGCGAGGAGCAGGAGCAAAUGGAACAGAGAAACAAGGAGGAGAUGGAUGGUAACAACCUCAUACCAGUGACUCUUGAGCGUGGUCAUCACCAUUGUCCUUUCAAAGACGCUGCAACCACCCACGUGCUCGAGCCUCGCUGUGUCGACCGAAAGCACAUGGGAGUGUGCCCAGUCUGCCGGAAGUUGGUCUCGUCCAAGUAUGGUUGCAAGAAACACGGUCUCCGAGGCGACGACCAACUGUAUGAGAACAUCAAAUUCGCGUUUGUCGACCCGGAACAUCCAGCAAAGGACGCGCCGACCGCCCCAAAGGUGAGGAAGAAUCCCAACAAGACAACAUUGAGGCUUCAGGGAAGGACGAAGUUCUAG